AUGAUGAUGGAUCCGGAUUUGAAGCCAAUGCACGACUAUCAAUGGUGUAUGACGAGCUUCCAAAUUCCGCCAACCUCAUCAUCGCACAUUCCACAGCAAUCACUUCCGGAUGAUAUCUCAAAUGGACCAGACAGUCCGGAUUCUUGUGGAAAGGAUGGAAAGAAAUCCGAUGACAGAGUGAAACGUCCGAUGAAUGCGUUUAUGGUGUGGAGCAGAGGACAACGCAGAAAAAUGGCCCAGGAGAAUCCGAAAAUGCACAACUCGGAAAUCAGCAAGCGACUUGGUACCGAGUGGAAAAUGCUCAAUGAACAGGACAAACGACCAUUUAUCGAUGAGGCGAAACGGUUGAGGGCGAUUCACAUGAAGGAACACCCAGAUUAUAAGUAUAGACCUCGCAGAAAGACAAAGUCGAUUAAUAAGAAGAAUGGUGGACCGAUGCAGUUCAGCGGAAUCGACAGCUUAAAGCCUCCGGUUUACUCUAGCAUUCCAGCCACAUGGAAUACAGCGACGUCAUACUUCGAUCCGGCCACAUAUCCGUUCUACCAGCGCGGCUAUGACAUGAUGAACCAGAUGAACUAUCUUGGAGCUGGUGCACCGGGAGCCAUUGCUAAUGACAAUUCAUCGCCGACACAAUAUCAACAAUCGCCACUUAAUGUCAACUACAAUCCGACGACCUACUUGACACCCAAAUCGGAAUCGUCGCCGGUUGGUAGCGAAUCAGCCGCAUCGGCGGCAGCGCUUGAACAUGCAUCGCAGUUCCGCCCGUUUUAUGAUCCGAGCAAGGAGCACAUGGCAGCCAUGUAUCAGUACAAUUUGGACCUUGGAAUCGCUCAAAAUUUGCCUGCAGCACUCUCCCAGUCGCAUGUCACCUCGUGA